UUUUUUUCACACGGAUGGUGGGUGUCUUCAGGAGAGUACAAAGAAACUCACCUCUCUUUAAAUUAUCGUUGCUCCCAACACUCUCACAUGGUUCUCUCUUCUUUCUCUGUUUGAUUACCGAGAAAACGUAGGAAACUCAUAAUAAUAAAACUUAGAGCUCCGUUUUUUCUUUCGGUAACAGGCAUCUGAAAAAUCAGCACCAUGGUUUCCUUUGAAAUGAACGAUCGAAAAAAAAUUGGGCUAGGAUUAACAGGAUUUGGCAUAUUUUUCUCAAUUCUGGGAAUUAUCUUCUUUUUCGAUAAGGGAUUGCUUGCCAUGGGAAAUAUUCUUUUCAUAUCCGGAGUGACCUUAACCAUUGGUCCGAAGUCCACCAUGCAAUUUUUCAUGAAGCGUCAAAAUUUUAAGGGAACAAUUUCUUUUGGUGUUGGCUUCUUUUUCGUUGUCAUUGGAUGGCCUAUCUUUGGCAUGAUAUUAGAGGCAUAUGGAUUCAUUGUGCUCUUCAGUGGUUUUUGGCCGACACUGGCAGUGUUUCUGCAGAGGAUACCUGUUCUUGGUUGGCUCUUCGAGCAACCAUAUGUCAAAUCGUGAGAGGGAAAACAUAAGCAAAUGAGAAAGCUUGUGAAUAUCUUCACAAUAUUGCGAGGUGCACAUUUAGGUGCUCACAUCAGGCACCUUAAGACAAUGAUAACUUAAACAAGUGAUUGCCUUUGGAACCUGCCCUAGCAGCUCAACUGAGGCAAAAAAUGAUUGAGGCAAGUACCUAACUGAACUAACUUCAUUAAUAUUUCUUUUUUGGGUAAAUUUAAAUAGAUGACCUUAUUUAAGCAGCCUUUCAUCCAUGUAUGAAGGGUAUAAUUGUCUAGUGCUAUUCUUCCCUCCUAAAAACAAAUGCAAAUCUGUCAAUCAUAGCUGUCGUGAAAAGAACCCAUUCCCAUUAUGUAGUUAUGCAUUUCCUCAUUUCCCCGUUUUCUUUUGCACUUAGAAAGUACUUGGAAUCUACAAGGUUUCUCCUUUUUUAUUUAUUGAUAACAUUAACCAUGCCUAUAUUUUGAGUUUGUAGAGUUUUUUUAAUUUUUUUAUAUAUAGGAGUGUCUCUUUGAUAUCCAAAUGGUGAUCGGCUUAUUUUAGAAUUUCGCACCUCCCUUUGCUUAGUUUGCAUAAAGGAUCAUGUUAUGAACAUAGUGCCUCCACCUUUUUUAUUACUUGGCAUUCUUGGAGAUGAUCACAAAGUCUAUCUUUGAUAUCCUUCCUUUUUUCCCUAACUUUUGCCCUAUUUGUUCUGUCACCGAGCAUUGCAUACAUGCAUGAUUGUAAGAGCAUUGAAUAAAAAAAUAUAAACAGUAAAAGGAUUGGCAAAAAAAAAAAAAUAAACAGUGAAAGGAGAAAGACACUUGAUGUUUGUAAUUAUGGCAACUUUUACAAUUUAGUAGCCUGCAUAGAUUAUUAGAUUGUACUUAAAAGGUCCUUCCAAUGCAGCAUCUGGUUUCAGGUUUAGAAAUAUAGAUCUUAAGCAUUUACAAAGAGUUUGCAGGCACCAAAUGGAACCCGGUGAAUGGAUAUAGACUAACAUGUUAAAGCUUUUGUACACAAUAUACAAUUUAAUUAUAAUUGACCUGAAAGAGGCAUCAGCAUAUGGAUAAAAAACAAUGAUCAGUCUUUUUACACUAACUGCAAGAAAGUACUUUUUGCUUUACAGACUUCUCUUUCUCUCAUUUUCCUCCCGUUGAGCAUGGUUAAGUUUGGUUGUGUUAGUUGCUGAAGUGAUUGGUAGACCUUUAUAUAUUUGAUGUAAAAAUCUUGUUGAGAUCAUAUGAUUUUAGUUAUCUGUAUGUAUCUGAUGCCUGAGUUACCAAGGCCCAGGUCAUAUGGCUUGAAUAAAGGAGUCAUCUGUUAAUCAACUAUUGAAGGUGGUUCUUUAAGGAAAUUAUUGAACUAACUUUGGUCGUAUUUUUAAUUG